AAACGUUAGUUAUACCGGAAUGUUUUUGAGGUUGCGCAGAUUACCAGUGUAGUUUCAGGCAGCAUGAAGAAGGAGCAGGUUGUAAACUGUCAGUUUUCUGUUUGGUAUUCUUUAUUCAAGAAACACACUAUUAAGAGCUUGAUACUACCUAUACCUCAAAAUGUAAUCGAUUACUUAUUAGAUGACGGGACACUUGUGGUUUCUGGCAGUGAGAACAACAAUUUGCAAACACAGGCGAACAACAGUGACUCAGAUGAGGAGGACAUUCAGUGGACUGACGAUGAAACUACAACAACAGUUACGGCCCCAGAAUUCCCAGAGUUCAAUGUAAAGGUGCAGGAGGCAAUAAAUGUUCUGGGCGGAUGCGUCUUCCCAAAACUGAACUGGAGCGCCCCUCGGGACGCUAACUGGAUUGCCCUGAACAGUUCCUUGCAAUGUCAGAGUCUAAGCGACAUCUUCCUCCUCUUCAAAAGUUCAGAUUUCAUCACGCAUGACCUCACACACCCAUUCCUCCAUUGUAGUGAUGAUUCUCCAGACCCAACCAUAAACUAUGAGCUGGUUUUGAGAAAAUGGAGCGAGCUCAUUCCAGGAGGAGAAUUCCGUUGCUUUGUGAAAGAGAAUAAACUAAUUGCGAUCUGUCAGAGAGAUUACACACAACAUUACCAUCACAUCGCCAAACAAGAGGCCAGCAUCUCCUCAUCUAUACUGAAAUUCUUCAGAGACCACAUCCAAUACCAGUUCCCAGAUGAGGACUUUGUCCUGGAUGUUUACAGAGACAGCUCAGGGCGUGUGUGGUUGAUUGACUUCAACCCAUUUGGUGAUGUCACAGACUCUUUGCUUUUCACAUGGGAGGAGCUAACAUCUGGCAAAAAUCUCUCAGCCAAUCAGACGCAAGAGGACACAACACAGCAGGACGCACCUGCAUUUCGAUGCACCACCAGUGAGGUCACGGUGCAGCCCAGCCCAUGUCUGUCCUACAGAAUCCCACGGGACUUCCUGGACCUGACCACAGGGGGAGAUGCCUAUAAACUCAUUGAUUUUCUUAAGCUGAAGAGGGGGCAGCAGGAGGAGGAGGAGUCUGAUGCAGAAGGGGAGGGGCCUCAGUAGUAAACAGGAAGUGCUGGGUAUCAGUGCGGCUCUCCUGCAGUUUACUUCCAGCUCUGCUUGAAUAGACCUGUCUAUAUUUUUCAAGUCAAUUGGAAGAUUUUGAUUGGCUUCUUCAGGGUUAAAAUUAUAUUGAAGUAGGCCUACCAAACUUUGUAGGAAGUUCUCAUUACUGUAUAUAAUGAGAUGCUGACCUAGGAAGUCCCUGUCAAAUGCUUAA